AGGAGGGAGGGCAGGAUGAAAAACUGGGCAGGAGCAGUUGAUGAGAACCCGGAAGUGGUGCAGGCUCCUGGACUGGACCGAAGAGCCAGGGUGCGGACUCAGCUGGGGUAUCAAGGGCCAGGCAGAUCAAGACCACCGAUGGACAAGAACCACGCCCCCGCCGAUGGCAUGGAGCCGGUGCACGUGCCUUUCGGGCACAUUGUAGCCAAUGAGAAAUGGCGUGGGUCGCAGCUGGCGAGAGAGAUUCAAGGGAAAAUUAAACUCGUUUUUGAGGAUGGCCUGACAGUAGUAGAUUUUUACCUGUCCAGCAGAUCUUGCAUUCUCUACAUCACCGAAGCUGAUUUAGUGGCAGGAAAUGGCUACAGAAAGAGACUUGUUCGGGUCAGAAAUUCUCAUAAUCUUCAAGGGAUUGUAGUAGUUGAAAAAACGCAGAUGAGUGAACAGUACUUCCCAAACAUACAGAAGUUUACUGUGCUGGACCUUGGGAUGGUGUUGCUUCCAGUGGCCAACCAGGCAGAGGCAUCCUGCCUCAUUGUCCAAUUAGUUCAAGAGCAAACCAAAGAGCCCAGUAAAAACCCUUUUCUCAGGAAGAAACGGGCUGUGCUCUCCGAGCCAUUUCUUCUUCGAACUGUGCAGCAGAUCCCAGGAGUUGGAAAAGUUAAAGCUCUUCUUCUGCUCCAGAAGUUUCCAAGUAUCCAGCAACUGAGUAACGCUUCCAUCCAAGAGCUCCAGCAGGUGGUUGGACAGGCAGUAGCUCAGCAAAUCCACAUCUUCUUCACUCAGUCCAGGUGACUGCUGGCCUCCCAACUAUGAUGUUUUUCUCUUUUAGACCACAAACUACAAGAUCGUUUUCAUAUUUAAAAAACCAGAAACAAUUUCUUUUCGCAGCAACUUGUGAAACACAAGGAGAGGCCUAAUGGAGAAUGAAUUGUACUGCUUUGGGCAUUGAAGUUAGUGGCCACAGGUGACACUACCUCAUUCUGCCAAGAUGAAAAGAUCCACGAGGAUCUUCCUUUGCUGAGACUCUCAUUCUGAGCAAAAAUCUAGCUAAGGCAGAUUUCUGAUUGACUUUGACCUACAUCUGCCAUGGGAAGAUCUUGUAAAGUUCCGGUACUGGAUGUGACCAUCUAAAGGAAACUAACCUACAAUGAAGCACUGUGUACGCUAAGUCCCUUGUUCCUGGUGGCAGUUGCUGCUCUUCAGGCCUGGUCUGCAUAUGCUGUGCUCUGAGGGCUGCUGCCAAUGUAAA